AUUAAUUAGUGUGGCAUAUGUGGAGUAUGCAGAAAUAGCAUUAGUUAAGUGGGGGAUGGCAAGGUCAAUAAAGAGAGCUCUUAAUGCCAUCUCUUUCAACAAAUAUUUUCCACCUUUGCAUAUUUCUAUAACUUAUUUAUUACUUGGCCAUUCUCUCUGAUCUUUGCUGCUGCCUUUCUUGAAGAGGUCCUAGUCCACGCCUUCACAAUCAAAGCUCAAACUGCAAAACAAAAAUCAGAUCAAACUCGUUCCAUUUUGCGGUAAAGAAGAUGAUCGGAUGGCUACACGCAGCUCUAAUAGCAGUCUCCGCAGCAUUCCUAGCGCUCGUAUUGUUCCUAAUAAUACGACGAUGGGCUCGACCUAGAAGCAACGACGCCGCCGCUGAGAGGGGGCAGAAUUUGCAGAGCGGCAUAGCGAGGCUCCACCAGGUGAGCCCCCACCACCACCACCUCGACGCCAAGGCCAGCUACCAGCUCUUCCGCCGCGGCGCGCCGCCCAAGCCGGCCUUCAGCUGGGCGGACCACCCCUCCCUCGUCACGGACGCCGUCGAGCACGGCUGGCCGCGCUUCGCUUUCACCGCGGUGGCCGUGCAAUCGUCGCCGUCCGUCAGGUCCGCGCGCUCGCUCCUCGGCGCCUGCGCCACCGGAGAUCACGGCGGCGAUCGCGGCGUCGAGGUCGGCUGGGAGGUCUGCGAGGGAUCGGCUGAUUUUAUGCAGAAAAUUCGAUUGAAUCCCGACGUGAAGAGCGCAGGGAGCUCGUCAAUUGCGGCGGCGGCGGUGAUCAGGACGGCGCUGCCGCUGCCGGGGCCGAAUUUGGGGAAUUCGUCGUUCCCGCAGGAGGCGUAUUUCGAGGUCACGGUUGUGGCGUGCAGCGAAAAUUCAAAUCAGGCCAACAGGGAGAGGAGAGGGAGAUCGGAAGGGGAUGAUAAGAUCAAGCUGAUCGACGAGGAUUUUAACGCGAAAAACAGCCCGGAUUCAUUGAAUCAUGGCGCGAGCAGCCAUAGCCAGAGAAGGAGCAAGGUCGAGGAGGGCAUAAUUGCUAAAAAUGAAGCUGUUUUGCUGUGUGUGGGGUUGACAGGGCUCAAUCCUCUUCCGUUUAGGAUUCCGGGCACUUUUCCGGCUUCCAUUGGCUUCAAUUCCACCGGCUCUCUCUCUCUAGAUGGAACCAAGCUCGUGCCAGAGUCCGAGGCCGACAACUGGGGGAGGACGGACAAGGUGGUCGGGUGUGGCUACAAUCCAGGGCAGAGGAAGGUUUUCUUCACGGUUGACUCCCAAGUAGUCCAUGAGAUCCAGUGCAAGACCGAGGACUACUGCACCCCCCUCUACCCGACCCUGGCGGCCAAUGGGGAUGUCGUGCUUUUGGUGAACCUCGGGCAGAGCCCCUUCAGGUUUGCGCCUGCAAAUAUGCAACGGACUCCCAACCCUUGCUUCAUCGGGCCCAUGGGAACCUCCCCUGCCCUAGGGUUUGAAGAUAGCAAGGAGCUUUUCUCAAUGGGAAGGAUUGAUUCGUUGUGGAUGCAGAGGAGUGCAGCCAGAAGCAACAACAACACAGUGAAUAGCAUCAAAGCUAUGGAAGAAUAUGAUCAAGAAUCUGAGGGUGAUUUGUUUGAAAUUGUCUUGGAAAGUUCUGGAAGAUCUCCCUAUACUACUCUAAACAUUCAUUAGCCCAUUUUUUAGUGUCACAAACUUCACCACAUCAAGGAAAUAUAUCCACACUAUAGGGAUUUUUUUAUUUUUUCUUUGGGUUUUGUAACCACAUAAUUCUUUUUGUGAAUGUGCAGAUGUGAAUUUGAAAGAUUUUUUACUUCUAUCAA